AUGCCGGCACUAAUGCUCCUUUCAGAGGUUAUGGAACGAUACAAGUUUGAUCAUCCUCCAAAAGAGGACGGGAAUACUAGAGAAACGCUGCCUUGCGACAUCUUUAGCAUGACCAUCGGUUCUGGACAUGGCGGACUUGUUGCAAUUCUACUUGGCAAGCUGCGGAUGCCUGUGGACGCAGCGCUUGAGGCGUAUUGUUCAUUAUUAGCGGCGCUUCCGACGAGUCCAGCACAGAGUGACGAAGAGAGAUCACAGAAUGCGACUAGACUAGAGGAAGAGCUCCGGAGGAUCCUAAAUUUUGAAGGGAUUACCCCCGAUGACAUGAUGCAAACGAAUACGAGGAAAACCGAAUCUCACAGAGUUGUCGUUUGCACCGGGCAAACCACGAAUAUGUCCAAUCCUUAUUAUAUUCGCAGUUAUCCAAGUCGCGGUGUACAGACGGCACCAUGUACAAUCUUGCAAGCCGCAAUGGCAUGCAUGGCAGACCCUACGUUCUACCCACCGGUUACUCUUGGCAAGUUCCACCGAAGAGUUACCCUCGUCGAAGCGCCAGCGACGUUCGCCAACCCUACGAAGCUCCUCUUAAGCGAGGCCGAAGUCAUCCAUACUGAAAGCUGGAGCGUGCGACUCAUUCUCAGUUUAGGUUGUGGCGAGUCCGAGCUACUUACGGUUGAAGAAUACCACGGAGGGCCGCGUCGACUACAGUACGGAGUCGAAUCAGAACGCGUUCAUCAAGAUUUGCUCUCUCGGUUGAAAGAGACGCGUAUAUACUAUCGAUUCCAUCCGCGAGGACAAUUCGGAUUGUCGGAGGACCCCGCCGAUAUCCAGGCUCGCGUCGACGGUUUCUUGCAGGACGUAGAUAUCAGCAGCUCUGUGGAUGCUGUUGUGCGUACUAUGGAAAAAGGGUGGCCAAAACAAGCAAUCGCCAUUGGAGAUAUCAACUCGGUGCGAGUUCUGGAUAUGGGACUUCCCCCACGGCCAUCGGUCGUGCCAAACUUUGUUGGAAGGGAGGACGUUCUAGCUCAACUUCGAUCCCACCAUCUCGGAGGACAAUUUUCACCAGAACAACUCCCACGGAUCAGCGUGCUCGCUGGCAUAGGGGGCUCUGGAAAGACACAAUGUGCACUUAGAUUCGCCCUCGAGUACGAAAGAAGUGUGCAAAAUGCAAGCGUCUACUUCGUAGAUGCACGCUCCGAGGCGGCCCUCCGACAAGGGCUCCAGAAUAUUGUUUACUCGAUGAAGUCUGGGCUCUCGCAGAGAUGGUCAACCUCGAUACUAGCAUCAUUACCGGAUUGGAUGGUCAUUCUGGACAACGCCGACGAUCCUUCCCUGAAAGUCCUUGAUUACCUGCCUAGCUAUGGUAGGGGGCACAUUAUUAUUACCACUCGCAACUCGGCAUACGCCAACCUCUCCUGCAAUUUCCAGACACUCGAGGCUCUGGAGCCAGAGUCCGCAGUCGAACUUCUCUUAUCCUCUUCCGGAUAUGAUGGAUCCUCAGACAACAAACAGUCCGCGCUCGCCAUUGUGAAUGCCCUUGGGCGCCUUCCCCUAGCCAUCGCACAUGCGGCUGGAUAUAUACGCCUCCACCAGUGUCUCAAAUCGUACCUGGAUGUCUACAAUGAGAGUCGGCAGCAGCUACUGAGGACAAAAACGAUGGCGAUGUUUGAGCACUAUGACCUUUCGGUGGCGUCGACUAUCCAGAUGUCGCUAGACAAGCUCCCCGCCCACACUCAGGCGCUUCUAUACCUGCUGGCCGAGUUCCAUAAUACCGACAUCCCAUUCGAUGUUUUCAAAAUAGCAGCAAAGAGGCAGUUCGAUGGGCCCGAUCUUCAAAUUGAUAUCCCUGUCGAUGAGAAUGUGCGAUGCGAUAGUGAAGCACUCUCAAGCAUUCUCUGUCAGAAUGGCAAGUGGUCAGAAGCUUAUUUUAAUGAGCUCAUAGAACCAUGCUUGAACUACUCGCUUCUGCGAGUUACAAGAAGCGGAGAGACGAGGAUGUUCUCAAUGCAUAUCUUGGUUCAGACCUGGAUCCAGUCGAUUCACGGCACCCCCGAGAGGCAGCGACUUUUCGUUCAUCUCCUUUCCUCCUCUAUCUUUCGUCACUCAUGGUCUCAAAUCCAUCUUCACCGACUUAUUGCGCCUCAUAUAAUCCAACGAGUUCUCAUUGACCAAGUCGCAUGGUCCAACAAGUGGGCGCUCGCAUUCGCGGUGGACGAAGUCGGGAACUCUACGUGGUCGCAGAAACAGCUCCACGACGUCCUAGCUUAUGCAGAAGCAACCUUUGGUAGCGACUCGCCGAUCACUCUCGCAAUUAUGACCGACCUCGGGACAAGUUAUGACCGAUCUGGUUCGUAUCGCAAUGAGACGGCUCUCACCCUCCACCAGCGAGUACUCGCCGCUCGGCUCAAACUUCGCGGCGAGAGUGACAUUGAAACGCUGUCAGCAAUGUCCAAUGUGGCCAGCUCGCUGGUAGACAUGUGGAGAAAUGACGAGGCUGAAUCUCUUUAUCUAAAGAUAAUCGAGCUUCUAAAGGCAACAGUCGGUCCGGAUCACCCAGAAGUCCUCAAGGCCGAAAGCCGUUUGGCUACGAUUCUUUUCCGGAAAGGCGAUUACCAAGUCAGCCUAUACAGGAAGGUGACUAUGAGCCAGAGGUACGAUACUCAAGCGAGGAUUACGCUGGCGGAAAAACUACGUGUUUUAGAGAAUGUUGCAACCUCACUCCAUAUUCUUGGCCGAUACUCAGACGCCCUCAGCCUAUUCUACAAACUCUGGAGCAUGAUAAAUCGACUUCUUGGGCCAUACCAUUCUACCUCUAUACGCGUAAGCCUCUCUACGGCCGGAACAUUGUGCCAGCUUGGGAGGUUCAGCGAAGCAACAAAGCGCCUUGAGCUUGAUUUCAAGCAUCUUCAUCCGUCUUCUGAUGGAGAUGAUUCAAGCAAGCUUGCCAUUCAUCCAGAGGACAGACGCAAUACACCAGAGGGAUUGAGUGCACAGCGCUUGAUGUGCUUCGUCCUCUUCUGCGAGGGGAAUCAUGCUGAAGCGGAAGAAAGAUACGCUACCACCGUAGCGGCUCAUCUGGAAACACUUGGACCGGACCAUCCGCAUACGCAAUGGGUUCAGAAGCCAUUGGCCGAAUGGAAAGACCCUACUUUUAUCGAGUACGCGAUACGUUUGCCUACACCGGUUGCAGAAGAGACCUCUUAG